AUGAGUGGUCCAAGUGGCUCGUCAGCCAAUGCGCUCGCCGGUGCUGCGAGUCGACCCCUUGCUUCCGCAGCAGGUCCUUCCAACGGCCCUUCCCUCGAGACCGGCAACGCAAAUGGGUCCACCUCGACUAUCAAUCCUAUGUCCAACGUACCCUCUAGUGAAGGACCUUCUGUGACGGCGAAUGGAGCUCCGCCUCCGACCGAGCUCGAAAUUGAUAGGAUGACGGCUGGCUCUGUGCACAACUUCCUGGCCGCGAGGGGAUACAACAAGGCGUUGGCGGCCUUGCAGAGCGAGCUGAGCAGUGCAGAUGCUGCGACGACAGUAGGAGUCGCCGGCGGUGCAAUCUCAAUCGGCGAGCUGGCAGCCAAGAAUGCGCCAAGAGAUGUUACUCGAGGUGCUUCGGGUCCAGGUGCAGAGGAAAAGCACGCAACAGAGAUGCUCAAGCAGGAUUUCAGCGACAAGGAGAGAGGAUUUCAAAACUUGAGGUGGUGGUGCGAGGGAAGCUUAGACGUAUACCGCGUGCGUAGUGAGAUUGCGCUCUCGAGACCCUUUUGGGCAUGGCUGCACUCUUCCUAGCAGCUGGCUGACCUCGCAUAGAGCAUGGCAGCCUGAGCUGUUACCGCUACUCUUACCCAUCUUUGUCCAUUCCUACCUCGACCUCGUGCAUUCUGGCAAUGGCAACGCAGGUGAGCGCAGCAACUCGCAAGGCAGCAUGAGACCUUCGCUCACGUGUGCUCUGCUCUACAGCUGCUUCGCUGUACAAACACAGCAGCGACCUCUUCCAACCUUCGCAAGCCUCAUUGUUGUCCAGGCUGCGUGCCAUCUCGCUUCCUUCGCACGUCCUUUCAGAUGGACUGGCGCAGAGGUUCAGGUCGGAAAGAUAUGUUCUCAAAAUGUCUUCCACGGUCUUCGCCUUGCUGCUUGGCUGGCUUACGGACGGUUCUGGGCCUGUUCAGCCUUCCAAUCAGCUGGACGAGGGCGAUCCUGAUGAGAGAGGCAGAAAGUCGGUGCUUCGAAUCCUGAAUGAGAGAUGUCGGAUACAAGGUAGGCGGCAGAAGUUUGCGCUUCAGUGGGCCAUCAUCUAUGUGUCUCACACGUAUGCACUCCCCUCUGCGCUGCAGUUCUGAACGUUGCCGCUCAGGAGUUGGCUCGACUAAGACUGGAAGAAGGAACUGGGCUCACUGGGGCGGGGCCUAGCUAUUCGAUCGACGACAACCAGCCUACUCAGAAGUCUCUCUUAUCGAACCAUCUCAGCUCCGCAGCGGUAGGCAACUCAGAUGUGGUCGCAGACUUUAACGCUGCAGCUGCUGGACCUCAACUCAAAUUGGGCCCUGAAAUACCUUUAUCUGAAAGGCUCGCAGAGGAGGUACAAAGGCAGGACAAGGCCGAGCAGAAGAAAGAGCAAGAAGAAGCUGAGAAGAAGAGAAAUGGCAGUCCUAAAAAUGAGGCACAGUUGGGUGAGACGCCCAUGGAGGGUGUCGAGGAGGGUCGUGGUGCUGCACAUUCGCCUCGGCAGGCUGACGGAGAAUCUCGGGACAUAUCAUCGGCUGCACCGGCCUCUCGAGCCAGAAGUACAGCCACACCUGCUCGAGGUGGGACUGCUGCUGCUACAGUCCGAGCGGAAACUGUAGCUCCAAGCGGUCAAGUAGCGUCGACGGCACAAAAGUCAGACUUGAUACAGCCUCAGUAUGCAGACCUUCCACCACAAGCACCUCUCUUCAGAUCGGUGGACGUGGAACGAGAAGUGGCGCGGAUGCGAGACGCUCGCAAAGCUAUUCGCUUCGGUCCUAUUGCUGAGGCGCAGAUCAAGGAAGAAAAUCUGAAUGCUGCUGAGGGCCCCGCUCCACGGAUAGCUACUCUACCAUCCAUUUGCGCUUAUACCUAUCACGACGCCGAGGAUGGGCUCGCGUGCUCGACCUUCUCCAUAGAUUCUAGCUUGAUGGCUGCUGGCUUCGAAGACAGCUAUGUGCAAGUAUGGAGCCUCAAAGGCGAGCCCUUGCAGCCACUACAGGGCAACAUUGACCUGACGAAGGUCUCUGACUGUGAGUCGCACCGUCCAUCACCCCUGAUCUGACUCGCGUGUCCUGAUUGAUUGAUUCUUUUCAAAUCGCUAGCCAAAUCCUUGAGAAAGCAGAGGCAGCGCACGUCACUCACUACGCGGAGAUUGGUGGGUCAUAGCGGACCAGUAUACGGCGUGUCGUUUGAUCCUGUCAACGGUACGGCCGGCGCGCCCAAGCACCUUCUAAGCUGUUCAGCUGAUGGCUCAGCGCGCCUGUGGUCUUUGGACACAUAUUCCGCGCUUGUUGCUUACCGUGGGCAUCAAUUGCCGGUCUGGGACAUCGAAUGGGGACCGAUGGGUGUCUAUUUUGCGACUUCAAGCGCCGACAGAACCGCGAGACUUUGGAACACCGAGCGGAUACACCCGUUGCGCAUGUAUGCAGGGCAUCUGAGCGACGUGGACGUGAGUUGCACGGAGUAUUCCCCGUUUCCUGCGCGGAGGAAUGCGACUGACAAUGUAAUUUCGCUCUUGAGCAGUGCUUGCGCUUCCAUCCCAACUCUUUGUACCUCGCUACCGGUUCCUCAGAUCGCACGUGCCGACUAUGGGACGUUCAGCGCGGCGCCUGCGUGAGGUUGUUCGUCGGCCACUCGAGCCCCGUGUCAAGCGUUCGCAUCAGCCCAGAUGGUCGAUACUUGGCAUCGGCAGGGGCAGGCUCAGCUUUGGGACCAUCUCGAGCACCCUCCAGCUUUGGAUUCAAUGCGCGAAACGGCGUUUCAUCAGAUGACGACGACUGCUCCAUUAGUCUUUGGGACUUGGGUUCUGGAAAGAGGAUCAAGAAGAUGUGGGGACACUCGGCUUGCAUCAACGAUAUCGACUUCACAAAGGACUCGAGGCUGCUCAUUAGUGCGGCCGCUGAUUGCACCGUCAAGGUAUGGGACGUGACAGCUGCCGGUGGUGCGGGGAUCGGCGCUUCUGGGCACGGCGCAUCAGCCGCAGUGGUUGCUGACGGCACUGGAGGCUCUUUGCCUUCCGGAGCAGCUGCAGCCGUGAGCGCAGUGGUUAACAGCAACGGCCUAGAAACAGCGCGUCCAAACGCGGCUGACCAUCCAUUUGGCAGUGCAACGUGCUCUUCCGAUCUCUUGAGCACCUUUUACACCAAGAAGACGCCCAUUAUCGAUGUUCAGGUCACCCCACGUAACCUUGUCCUUUGCUCGGGACCCUAUGAUGCAUCAAUCUGA